AUGGAGGUCACUUUCAAUACCUGCUGGUCCUCCGCCUCGCAGCAGCAGCAGCAGCUGAGCCUGCAGGAGGAGACGCGCGCCGAGGUGGAGCGUCUGACGGCGCAGAUCAGAGACCUGCGGCGCCGCCUGCUCGCCCUCACCGGUAACGUGGCGCCAGCGGCUGCCCCUGCGGCUGCCACCCCCAGCAACUCGUCCGGCCGGCCGGCGGCCGCGUCGCCGCGCUCUGCAGAGGCCGUCCUCGGCCUCCAGACGCUGCCUCCAGCUCCAGCGGACGGCCUGUCCGGAGAGGAGUGCGCGCGCCACGUGCGCCAGCGGCUGGCGGCGGCCGAGCUGCUGGACAGGGGGCGCCCGCUGGCCAGCGAGUUCGAGCUGGUGGCCUUCUCGCACUUCACGCUGAGCCGCGUCUACCCCGUCGAGCUGGCGCUCGGAAAGCGCGUCGUCGAGAAGCCCAUCGGCUUCCGCCGCAGGGACCUGCUGGAGGCGCUCAACAAGGCGCUGGAGACGCUCAACAGCAGCAACUCGGGCGGCGGCGGCGGCGGCCGGCGCUACUCGCUGGAGGACUUCUCAGAGGGCGUGUACCGCACCGAGCCGACCACGGGCACGCAGUACGAGCUGUACUUCCGCGCGGGGCGGCCGGGCGCUGCCCGCGUGUCGCUGGCGCGGCCGUUCGCGCCCCUGCAGGCGCUCGCCGUGGAGCCGGUGCCGGCGGCGGGCCGCGACAAGCCCGUGGUGCACGUGCUGCUGCCGCUGGCCGGCCGCACCGCCGCCUUCCGCGCCUUCAUCGACAAGUUCGUCCGCAUCGCGCUCCGCAACGACCGCAGGGUGCAGCUGACGGUGGUGUACUUCGGCGAGGAGGGCCUGGCGGAGGCGCGCGCCGCCAUGUCCCGGGCGCUCUCGCUGUCGCUGGCGCCGCUGCGGCUGCUGGCGCUCAACGAGUCCUUCUCCCGCGGCCGCGGCCUGCGGGUGGCCGCCGAGCGAGCCGCCCCCGGCCGCCGCGACGCGCUGCUCUUCAUGUGCGACGUCGACGUCGUCUUCAGCGCCAGGUUCCUCGACCGCUGCCGCUGGAACGCCCGGCCGGGGAAGAAGGUGUACUACCCGAUCGUGUUCAGCCUGUACAACCCGCACGUGGUGUACACCCUGCAGGGCCGGCCGCUGCCCCCGGAGGCCGAGCAGCUCGUCAUCUCCAGAGACACCGGCUUCUGGAGGGACUUCGGCUUCGGCAUGACCUGCCAGUACAGGUCUGACUUCCUGAAGGUGGGCGGCUUCGCGGAGGACGUGGUGGGUUGGGGCGGCGAAGACGUCUCUCUGUACCGCAAGUACGUCCGCUCCAGCCUCAAGGUGGUGCGCGCCACGGACCCAGGCAUCUUCCACCUCUGGCACCCCAAGGAGUGCGGUCGGCGGCUACCCGCGGACCAGUACCGCGCCUGCCUGCGCUCGCGCGCCCUCAGCGAGGCGUCGCACGCCCAGCUCGGCUUCCUCGCCUUCCGGGACGAGCUGACCCCCGCCCUCGGCGGAGUCGGCAACGUCAGCAGCGGCAGCCACAACGGGCAGCCCGCCAGGAGGGCGUGACGUCAGCACAGGCGCACAGCGGGCCCAGCCGGGGCGGGUGGGGGCCGGCCCAGCUGCAAGAGUGGUAGGGUGUGGAGGCGAGCGUGAGGAAGGUCGGGCAGUGGCUCUGGGGAAAGCUUGAGGACAAACGAGUGUGCACUGGGCCAAAGACCACUCAAAGAAACCGAGCAACUGAACGUGAUACUCGUUCGUAGGAUUCUGUGGCCAAUUUCACCUGCAAAUCCACCUGAGCAUUA